ACUCUGAGUCGGCGCUGCCGUCGGUAGUGCAGAUACCAAAAGGCUCCCAAGCCAGCCAAGACGAUGAGCAGGAUCCCAGAGGGCAUGGGCUAGGAAGCAAGGCUGCUCUGAGUUCCCUUCCUGCUACUCUGGCCUCAGGCAACAAACACUAAGGCUUUCUCAGAGCAUCUGUUUAUUGCUUUGCGGAAUGGGAACAUGAGCCCUACCAGUCUAUCAUGAAAACUCACUGAGAUCUGAGUAAGGAGCCAUGGCUCCGGCCUGUCAUCUCAGCUGUUUGGGAGGCUGAAGCUGAAGUCUGACGGUGAAUUCAAGGUCAGCCUGGGAUGACGCGGCACGGCAAGAACUGCACUGCAGGGGCUGUCUACACCUACCACGAGAAGAAGAAGGACACAGCGGCCUCAGGCUAUGGGACCCAGAACAUUCGACUGAGCCGGGAUGCUGUGAAGGACUUUGACUGCUGCUGUCUCUCGCUGCAGCCCUGUCACGAUCCUGUGGUCACCCCAGAUGGCUACCUCUAUGAACGGGAGGCAAUCCUGGAGUACAUCCUACACCAGAAGAAAGAGAUUGCCCGGCAGAUGAAGGCCUAUGAGAAGCAGCGAGGAGCCCGCAGGGAAGAGCAGAGACAGCUCCAGCGAGCAGCAGCCGAGGACCAAGCUCGAGGCUUCCUGGAGAAGGAGGCAGCCAUCGUGAGCAGGCCCCUCAACCCCUUCAUGCCCAAGGCUGCCACCUUACCCAACACAGAUGGUGAGCAGCCAGGGCCCAGCACGGGUCCCCCAGGGAACGAGAAGGAUAAAGUGCUGCCCAGCUUCUGGAUUCCCUCCCUUACGCCCGAGGCAAAGGCCACGAAGCUGGAAAAACCAUCCCGCACGGUGACCUGCCCAAUGUCUGGGAAGCCACUGCGCAUGUCCGACCUGACGCCAGUGCGCUUCACGCAGCUGGACGAGUCCGUGGACCGCGUGGGGCUCAUCACACGCAGUGAGCGCUACGUGUGUGCAGUGACCCGAGACAGCUUGAGCAACGCCACACCGUGCGCAGUGCUGCGGCCCUCUGGGGCUGUGGUCACUCUGGAGUGUGUGGAGAAACUGAUUCGGAAAGACAUGGUGGACCCCGUGAAUGGGGACACGCUGACAGAGCGUGACAUCAUCGUGCUGCAGCGGGGCGGGACAGGCUUUGCAGGCUCAGGAGUGAAGCUGCAGGCGGAAAUGUCCCGGCCAGUGAUGCAGGCCUGAGCUAUGACCUAAUAAACCUGCCUGUGAACCGAC